CUAGACAACUACACAAUAGCAUCGAUCUAUUCAGACCAAACUAUUAGAACACUUCAGAAAAAAUCCAUUCAGACCAAACUAAUGCCCACAGCUAAACCCGACACGACAUUCACUCCACAAAACCCCACAGCUGACCCCAACUCACCCCGACUCUCUCUCUGACUCCCUCGCUGUCCGACUCUCACUCUGACUCACUCCACAGCUGCCCCGACUCACUCCACAAUCCUAAACCCUAAAUCCACCACCUCCAAAGCGAAGCCUUCGAAGCCCUAAAUGGGAGAUUUCCCUUCGAAGCCCUAAAGGAGAUUUCUCUGUGAAUCCGUGGAUUCACAUCGGAGCAGCCUUAGACUUGGAUUCACACAGGAGCCCUAAAAAAUUUCGUCAUCUCGAACUUCGAUUCACGCCUUUGAUUCGAUUUGUCUCGAACUUGGGUUCUGAUAUUCAUAAGUAGAUCUUAAAAUUGUGCACUCUAGUCACCGGAGUUUAACAGAGACUCGGAUCUCCAUCUCCGACCAUGGAUUCCGAGCCUUUCGAGAGAGAAAAGAACGUGACUUUUCUGGGGAUGAUGUACCGGCUCCUCCCACACUAAUCCGAAAAAGCUUCAUCAUCUUCUUCUUCUUCUUCCUUUGAAGGUCCUCGUUCUACUGAGGGCCUCUCUGCCGCUUUGUCCGAUCAGUCUCGUAUUAUAGUCGCCAGACCUGUUAGAGGAGUGGUGUCCCUGUGGACAUGCUCAAAGUUCUGUGCAAUUGCCUUUGUUGCUGGGAUCAUUGUUGGCUAUACCCUGAAGCGACGCGUUAAACGCUGGGCUAACAAGCUUCUCAAGAGGAUCAAAGACGAUUGAUUGCACCUAGGUUGAGUUAAGUUAUCGCAUUCAAUAGAUUGUCGUCAAUAGAUGAGUGAUUCUCUAACAUUAGUUGUGUAAAGGGUGCAUUUUUGAGGAGUUUUCAGCUUCUGUGGUGACAAAUGCAUCUCACCUUAUCAACAGAUAUUGUUAUCCUUUUUAAACUACUAUGGUAAAGUUUUAGAGAACAGCAUAGGCUAUCCUUUUUAUCCUUUUUAAACUACUAUGAGAGAUCUUUAGUCUCUCAGUCAAUGAAGUUGCGGAUUCUUCAAUGUUGGAUUUUUCUAAUCUGAUUGAAAUCUUGUGUUUGUUUUGCAGUUUUUUGUUGGUGGAAACUGGAAGUGUAAUGGCACAAAAGACUCAAUCAGCAAGCUAGUGUCAGACUUAAACAGUGCAAAAUUGGAACCUGAUGUUGUAUCUUAUGUGCAUGUUGAAGAUCGACUGAAGAUGGUGAUGAGCGUGAGAGGAGAGAUGGAGAAGCUGAGCGUGGAGCAGUUGAAGGCAGUGAAAGAGCAAACUGAUCUGGAGGUCAAUCUUCUCCAGGACUCUCUCAACAACAUCCGCACCGCCACCACCCGCCUCGAGCUCGCCUCCUCCGCCCUCCACGACCUCUCCCUCCGACCCACCGGCAAAAAGAUGCUCGUCCCUCUUACCGCCUCCCUUUACAUCCCCGGAACUCUCCAGGACCCCGACCAGGUCCUCGUCGACGUCGGCACCGGCUACUUCAUCGAGAAGAACAUGCCUCAAGCCAAAGACUACUGCGACCGCAAGAUCAAUCUCCUCAAGUCCAAUUUCGAACAACUCGUUGAGGUUGCUUCUAAGAAGAAAAGCAUAUCUAAUGAAGCUGGGUUAGUUUUGCAAGCAAAACUGAAGCAGAUGGCUCCUGCAGCACAGUAGGAGACAAGGACUUUUAAUAUGUGUGCUGUGGUAUUCAAGUUAAGAUCAUGGUGAAGUACUGGUGACUUAGGAGUAGAUUAUGCUUGUUUUGAUAUAGAAUUCAAACAUCAUGUUAAGAGUUGUGGUUUGCACGCUUGAACUGGUGCGGUUUUGUUCCCUUACAAAUGGGAUUAAUUCUCUUCUGCUCUUUAAAGACUCUAGUUGUGGUGUAUCAUUGCAGAACUACUUACAAUUUACAAUUUGCUUU